AUGGCUUCGACGACGUCAGAUAAGGCGACUCCAGAGCGGCGGGCAGAACUUUUGCAGAACCUCGCUGAAACCAAAAUUUGUUUCGCGGAAGCUUCGAAAUCUUCAUCUCACACUCUGACACUGGUAGCUGUAUCAAAGACCAAGCCGGCAUGGAUGACUCGUGCUUGUUAUGAGGAAGGCCAAAUAGAUUUUGGAGAAAAUUCUGAUAUCGAUCUAGUCAACAAGGCGAAAAAGCUGGCAGACCUUGAAAGCCUUCGAUGGCACUUCAUAGGUGUGAUGAAGAAAACAGAAGGAGACGAUUUUCGGAGGCGAGCAAGGAUGAGAGAACUUACAACGGUGUCGAAUCUUCAUGCCAUCCAGAGUUUGACUAGCAUCGAAGAUGCUGAUAUUUACAACAGUGCUAUACCGGCUGACCGCAAGACGCCUCUCAACAUGCUCUUGCAAGUCAACACAUCUGGGGAAAUCCAAAAGUCGGGACUGCAAUAUGGGCUGAUGACUAUUGGCUCACAGGCGGAAUCUCUGGCGUCAUCGGAGCGGCUAAAUCAAGAUUUCGAGGUGCUCAAAAAGACCAGAGAUGUACUAGAAGGGAUGCUUCGAAGCAAUCCAGCGUUCAAUGGGAGAUGGGGGGACAACGGAAAACUGCUGCUCAGCAUGGGUAUGACUGCUGAUUUUGAGGCAGGCUUACGAGCUGGUAGCCACAUUGUCAGGGUAGGAACUGGUAUAUUCGGAGCUAGACGUAUGAAGUGA